AUGAAGAGCCUCCUGCUCUUGUGCUUAGUCGGAGUAGCUUUGGCCACACCUUUGAUUGAAGAGGCAACGGGGUAGGUUGAGUAGUAACGCUGAUUAAUCUUCCUUUAGCGCCCCUUGUAAAGCGUCGAUGGAAAUUUUGGGGCAGAGCCUCCGUACGGUGCUCCAUAAUCCCAUUGAAAGACGCGCUACGGUCGCCGUUAUUGUCAAGUCAUACGAGGUGGCGGUAAGGAAAAGAUUUUAAAAAAAGCCGCAAAGAUGUAUAAAAAAAAAUUUACCAAAUCUUCAGUGUACCAAGAAGCAUUGUGGACCUUGCGAUUAUGGAAUUAUUGAUUGCAUAAAGGCUCAAGCCUACACCAGCAAGUUGGUUAUCACUCCAGCCAACUGUUGCAGUCACUGUUCGAAGCGCAUGGACAAGUUUGGCAAAACGGCCAAUGAUGAAGUCUUCCGUUGA